AUGGCGGCCAAGCCGGCCGCCUUCCUGUUGACUCCGAACCCCAGAGCUCAAGAGUAUGCUCGGCGUGUCUACAUGCAGGCCAGCAUAGCACGACGCCCAGCAUCAGCGCCUUUGGGCAGACGACCUGUGGAGACAGAGGUGCCGCUGACUCCGCUGCAGCUCUUGCGCCAGCGCAGCAGCCGCCCCACCUCUGCGGCACCGCGGGAGGAGCCAUCUCUGUCGGAGUUUGGGGAGGUGAACCUGAGCACCGUAGGCUCUCGCCUCUCGCGCCCCAGCUCCGCAGCUCAGCUACGCUUGGGCGCGCAGCAGGCGCCGCCGGUGCCAGCCGUGGCCUUGCCGCUCACCAUGACCUUCGGCCGCCCCGCAUCGGCCGGGGCUGUGCGCGCGGGCGACCAGCGCGGCCAAGGGCAGAUAGCAGUCUCACCGGAGACUGGAGCAGAGGAUCAGGGCCGGCCCACGUCGGCGCCGAGCGUCCAUUCCAGCGUGGCGUCCGGCUCCGCGGCGUCGGUCGCGACGUCCCAGGUGCCGAUGGAAGCUGCUAGGCCGUUUCAGGUGCACGACGCGGUCGAGCCGCCAAGUGGAGCCAAGAACUGCACCGCAGAGGUCUCUCAGAGUUCCUUGUCAACUCAGCAACCCUUGCAUUCGGAGACCUCUCAAGAGUUGGAUGUGCCGGAAGAGGACUGCGACGAUGCCACCGAGGCCGAGCUGCAGAAGCGCGUCGAAGAGCUCCGGCGCCAGGAAUUGGAAGAGAAGCUCGCCAAGUUGCAGCAACAACAGGAGGAGAUUGAGGAAGAACGGCAGGAGGUUCAAAAGCUUCUCCAGAAACCUCCCAUCAUGAGGAGGUGGAAAUUUAUCCAUUCCACCCAUGCUUGCUUCACCAUCACCCCCAUGACCGCGAUGCAUGGGCCCUCGCGUGCGGAGAGCAUGACGGAGCUUCGCAUUGAUGGCAAAGCCAUCUCAGGAUCAGCUUCCAGGUCAGGAAAGAGCUCCAGGCACCAAGGAAAGCCGUUUGCACCAUCCCUUGAGAGGACCGUGCCGUUUCGCCCCGCCAGCAGCCCUGCCAUAAGAAGGUCGAGCAGCGCCGCGGAGCGAGGCGUGCAGCAGUGGCCGCCCCGUGGCGGGUCUAGUGGCCGAAUGAGCUUGAGGGACUUGCACUAUGAGAGCAUGCGGCGGCAAGCAGCUGCACGACAGGACUUAGUGCAACAGCGGGAGAUCGUGCGCGAACCGUGGACUCACGGAGGGAGUCGCCCUGCUAGACCUUGGUCAGCCAUCCCUGGCUACACUGGCCACAGGCCCAGAAUGGAAGAGGAGGACUUCGUGGGCCACAACUGGCACAAAGCGUCCCUUCAAUGCAUCCGGCUCUUCCAGUCGACGACUCGCAAGGUCUGA